AUCUUUAUUAUUUCUCAUCGUAUUUAUUUUCGGUAUUGCACUGGCAGUCUUCUCUUAACCAUUAACAAGGACGCUGGCUUAAUGCGUGCAGUGUGUGGCUGAAUGUGUUGUAUCUGUUUGGAAAAAAUAAUUGUUUAUGAUGUCCGUGAUCCGCGCGAUAGCUGUGUUCUUGUGCGGGUUGUCUUGGACAGCUUGCAGGGCACAGAUUUUGUUCCCAGGAGCAUGCCCUGAUGUGGCCGCGAUGAGCGACUUUGAUCCCAGCCGUUAUUUGGGGAAAUGGUACGAAGCUGAAAAAUACUUCGCAGCAUUUGAGCUCGGUGGUACAUGCAUCACCGCCAAUUACAAACUAAAGGAUAAUGGCGCCAUCAGUGUUGUCAACGAGCAAUUCAGCUUAUUAACCGGCACGAAAAAGUCUAUAACCGGUGAAGCUGUUCAAGUCAGUCGCUCGGAGCCAGCCAAGCUAUCAGUGACCUUCUCUUCUCUGCCGGUCAACAUACCGGCCCCCUACUGGAUCGUGAGCACAGACUAUGACUCCUACGCUCUAAUAUGGAGCUGCUACGACUUUGGGAUAUUUCAUACAAGAAAUGCUUGGAUCCUGACUAGACAAAGAAAGCCUUCAGCAUCGGUUUUGGACGAGGCCUACUCCGCCGCUGACAAGAACAACAUCAACAGGUCCUACUUCAUGAGGACGGAUCAAACAAACUGCUCCGAGGAUUCUUAAAUUGACUCUAAACUAAAAUUCAAAGGGUAUCAUAUAAAUUAAAUACAUUUGUAUAAAUUUAA